CCCGGCUGGGAGCCGCGAGCCGCUUUGCGCGCUUCUGGGGCUUCGGCGCCCUUUGCUAGUUUUCCUGCCCCCGCGAGCGAGAAAUGCUCCCCACGAGCUCGCCUGGCCGUGCCGCAGGCGAAUAGCUGCUUCGUCCUGCUUUGCCCGCCAGCCUGGGAUCAGCCAUGGCCAAGAGGAGCUCUUUGUUCAUCCGAAUAGUGGAGGGGAAAAACUUGCCAGCCAAGGACAUUACAGGAAGCAGUGACCCUUAUUGUAUUGUGAAAAUUGACAAUGAAGCCAUCAUCAGGACAGCCACCGUGUGGAAAACUUUGUUCCCUUUCUGGGGUGAAGAAUAUGAGGUCCACCUACCCCCCACCUUCCACUGUGUAUCCUUCUAUGUGAUGGAUGAAGAUGCACUAAGCCGGGAUGAUGUGAUCGGGAAAGUCUCCCUUACCCACAGCCUGUUGGCAGAGCAUCCCAAAGGUUACUGCGGUUGGCUGAACCUCACUGAAAUCGACCCGGAUGAGGAAGUGCAGGGGGAACUUCACCUCCGGAUUGAAAUCGUGGGCAGCGAUGCGGCGAAGAAGCUCCGCUGCAGGGUGUUUGAUGCUCGGGAUUUAGCUCGGAAGGACCGGAAUGGAGCAUCCGACCCCUUUGUCAGAGUUCGCUAUAAUGGCAAGACGCAGGAGACUUCAGUGAUCAAGAAGUCCUGCUACCCAAGAUGGAACGAGACCUUCGAGUUUGACCUGGACGAGUCAGCCCCAGAGAAGCUGUGUGUCGUUGAGGUUUGGGAUUGGGACCUUGUUAGCAGGAAUGAUUUUCUGGGGAAGGUGGUGUUCAAUGUCCAAAGACUCCUUGCUGUUCAGCGGGAGGAAGGCUGGUUCCUGCUCCAACCAGACAAAUCCAAGCCACAGCAGGAUGAAGGCAACCUUGGUGCUUUACACCUCCAAGUGCGGCUCCGGGAUGAGAUGGUGCUUCCAUCCAGCCAUUACCAGCCUCUUGCGCAGCUUCUGUGUGAAGAAGUUAAGGCAGCGGCACAGGACAGGAAAGUACAUUUAAUAACCCUCAUCGACGAAACCACAACUGCCGAGUGCCGACAGGAAAUUGCCAUUAACCUCGUCAAGCUCUUCCUAGGUCAAGGGUUAGCCAAAGAGUUACUGGAUCUUCUCAUCAAGCUAGAGUUGGACAAAACUGAUGAGCCAAACACCCUCUUUCGGGGCAACUCUCUGGCCUCCAAGUCGAUGGAGUCCUUCCUGAAGGUGGCAGGAAUGCAAUACCUCCACGCGGUCCUUGGCCCGGCCGUCAACCGCGUGUUUGAAGAGAAGAGAUACAUCGAGCUGGAUCCCAGCAAAGUGGAGAGCAAGGAUGUUGGGUGCUCCAGCCUCCACCGCACCCAGAGCGAAAGUGAUGUGAUCCAACAGAGCGUCCACCUCCUUCGAUCCUACUUGACUGACCUCCUUGCUGCCGUUGCCAAGUCUGUCAAGUUUUGUCCCGCCGUUAUCCGUGCCACCUUUCGGCAGCUUUUCAAGAGGGUUGGAGAACGUUUCCCUGAAGAGAAAGACCAGAAUGUCAGAUUCAUGGCCAUCACCAGCUUCCUCUGCCUGCGCUUCUUCUCUCCAGCCAUUAUGUCCCCCAGACUCUUUUACCUGCGAGAGAAGCACGCCGAUGCCCGUACCAGCCGGGCCCUGCUGCUCCUGGCCAAGACUGUCCAGAACGUGGGGAAUAUGGAUCCGGGCAUCAGCUGCACCAAGGAAAGCUGGAUGGCCCCUCUGCAGCCCACCAUUCAACAGGGCAUUGCCCAGAUGAAGCAGUUCAUCCUCCAGCUGAUAGACAUUGAGGAGAAAGAAGAACUGGACUUGCAGAAGGCCCUCAGCCAGAGCCAGGUGGUGAAAGAGGGACCUCUGUUCAUCCAUAAGGCCAAAACCAAAGGCCCCCUGAUGUCGUCUUCCUUCAAGAAGCUUUACUUCGCCCUCACCAGUGAGGCUCUCAGCUAUGCCAAGACACCCAACUCUAAGAAAAGCUCCUUCAUCACGCUGGCCAACAUCAGGGCUGCUGAGAAAGUGGAAGAGAAAAGCUUUGGAAGCUCCAAUGUCAUGCAGAUCAUCUAUGCCGACGAGGACGGGCAGGCAGCGACAGCUUACUUGCAGUGCAAGUGUGUCAACGAGCUCAACCAAUGGCUGUCGGCCUUGAGGAAGGUCUGUGUGAACAACACGGGAAUGCUGUGCUCCUACCACCCGGGCAUCUUCCGGGGAGAGAAGUGGAGUUGCUGCCUCCAAAAGGACAAAUCAGGUUUGGGCUGUGACAAAACUCGGCAUGGAGUUACUCUACGGGAAUGGAACGAUCCUUUGGAUCCCGAUUUAGAAGCUCACUUGAUAUUCCGCCAUCUACUUGGAGUCCGAGAGGCGAUGAAGGAAAAGUACCUGGAAUUGUUGACACAGGAGAAAGGAGAGAACCUUCCUCUGAACCAAAGCGAUGAUCUCGAAAAUGCCGACGGUCCCACCAGACUGUUCCGAGUUUUGCAGGAUCUGGAAGAAGUUCACAACAAGGAACUCUCCCGCUUGAGAGAUCUGGCCAGCCAAGAGCGAAACUGCCUUGUGGAACUGCAGACGUGACUCCAGCACAAACAAGUCUCUUGGGCCAAGCCUUGUUCUACCCCAUUCAUCAGGACUACAGCCACAUUCCUGGGACUGCGUCUCUCUGGACUUGCAUUCAUGUGCUGGGGUGCAGUGUGGGGCGGGGUGGGGGGGCUGCUUCUCAGAGGGAAGUCAGGUGAAACCACUCCUAGCUUAGCAUAUAGAAUGAGUCACUCUGCCAUGUUCUCAGAACGGAACUGGGAAAAAGAGGCCCAACUUUUUUUCCCCCUUAGCCUUCCAACUCAAUAGCCCUCACUAUCCCAAGGUGCAAAGGAAGACACUAACUUUGAUGGCCUUAAAAUGGGAUUGGACAAAUUUGUGGAAGAAAGGUCCAUCCACAGGUAUCAAUCACAAUGGAACCUCCAUGUUCAGAGGCAGUAUAUCUCCCUGUUUACCAGUUGCUAGGUGGGGAGACACCUGACAAGGGGAGGCUUUGGCCUUCAUGCUUUGCUUGUGGGCCUUACAAGAGAUCUGGUUGACCAUUGUGUGGACGUUGGGAUCCUGGACGAAAUGAACCCUUGGACGGGUUCAGCAGUUAUGAGACAAAUCCUAGUCUUUUAGUAAACCCGUGUGGAAGAUUUCUUUCCAAUUUCCCCCAGUUUAUCUAAGGCCCAAUGGGCUUCAUUAUUUAAAAAGAGGUGUCGAGAUCUCAUGGCGCCAGGAAUGUUUUUGAAAAUGGGUCAGCAACAUCUGCGGAAGUCUACUGUGCUCAAAAGAUGAAACUUUUCUGACUCCUGCCAUCCUCUCGCUAUUCCCGAGUCACAAUUGCGGCUGAUUUAAAAGUGCUGGGAAAUGGUACCCAUGGAUGGGCUUCUUUCAACAAUGGGUGAUGUUUUUGACUCCCCCGGGGAUGUUUUAUAGUUUUAAGAUGAAUAAACAGAUGUUGUUGCAAUCUGGCUAAAGGGGGCAAGGGAAGAAACCGCAAAGAAACCAUCACCCUCCAAGCCAGAGAAAUUCUGAAUGCACAAUAAAGCAUUUUUUAGCAAGA